UUCAAAGUUAGCUCCAAUUAAUACAUGCCUUACCAAGGCAAACCUUACAAAAAAAGAGCUAAUGUCUAAAAUUAGAUUAUUAAAUAAAAGAGUUGAACAUUUGGAAGAAGAGAUUGAAACUCUUAAUAACUCUGGUACAAGUUCUUUGUGGCAGAUACUUAAAUAUCUUUUGUAUUCUAAUUUACCAACUGAAGAUCUAAGAUCUGAUCAAGAGGAAUCUGGAUUCCAACUUUCAAAAAGAAAAAAAAGAAAAACCAUGCUUUUCUCCUAG